GAAAAAUACUAUUAUUUAACUCGCCGAAUGAAAACAAAAUUGGUAUAGCGAUAUAAAAAUUUAAUAAUUUUGACUUAAAAUGGGAUUUUUCACUAAAGCAGAAGCUAAAUCUCAGGAAGAAAUACCAGGGCUAGAUCUAAGUAAUACAUCUUCCAAGAAAUCCACUCCCGAGGUCCCGCCAGAAAGCAAUAAUUCAGAAACAACCAGUGAAAAGAAAACAAAAAAGGAGUGGGGCUAUGACUUGUAUCCAGAACGUCGUGGUGAAGAAUUCAAGCCAAAAUGGUCAAGGAUUUUAAUGGGCUUCGAAGGUCACGAGAAUAUGGAUAAAAUUAAAUGUGAGCGCAAUGUUUAUUGGUGUGUUAAAAAUAGCCCUCUUGUUAAAUUAAUGAUGGGCGCUUUAAAAAGUUCGGGUUGUCCAAUAGACUUGAGAAGACACAUUUCUUGUGAGGUAUGUGAUUCUUCUGUAACUGGAGGCUACGAUCCUGUUCUCAAUCAAAUUGUAGUCUGUCAGAAUAUGGCUAAAAAAGAAGGCAUGGUACAAGGUGUUCUAACACAUGAAAUGAUUCACAUGUUCGACUAUUGCAAUAACGAUUUGGAUUUUCGUAAUAUAGAUCAUUUGGCUUGCACUGAAAUUAGAGCAGCUAAUUUAGCACAUUGCUCUUUCUUAAGUGCCAUGAUGCAAGGUGAUGCAUCUUUGUUCGAUAUCAAAGAAACUCAUCAGAACUGUGUUAAAUCAAAAGCUUUAGCAUCUGUUUUGGCUGUUCGCAAUGUCACAAGAAAGGAGGCUAUUGAGGCAGUUGAAAGAGUAUUUCCAAAAUGUUAUAAUGACUUGGAACCUAUUGGACGUCGUAUUAGACGUAAUUCACCGGACCAACAUAGAGCUUAUAUGGAGGGACCCAUGUAUGGUUAUGAUGUUUAUUAAGUCGUUUACCUAAAGUUAUAGUUAUGUAUUUGAUAAAUAAAAUCUAUUUGUACAUUUA